UUCUAUAUUUUUAAACUUCAUUUGUCACCAUUUUGCUCUCUCACUCUUGCGAGAUCCGAACUCACCGGAGUUCCGUCGCCGGCGGGGACGACGAUGGUCGAGUCUCCCGUUAGCUGAUUAAUAAAAAUCGUAUAUGUUCUAAAUUCGAUCGAUUAAUCAAUCUCUUUUUCUUUUAUCCCCGAAAGGAAAUGAUAGAUCCCUGUGCUGUAAUUAACGUUCGAUCCAAAACCUGGUUUCGCAAGAGAAAAAAAUCCCGUUCAUAAUUUUCAUUGUGACGGUGGUGUUGGGCUUUUCUCUAUUUGUAUAGUUUCAAUGUUAAUUUCUUGAUUUUUUUUUUUUUGUAUAUAUUUCCGAUCAUACAUAUAUAGGUAGAUAUAUUGCUUCUUCUUUUUAAAAUUUUUUUGGGUUUUUUUAGGGUUAGGGUUUUUUCGAAUCUUUGAAAGUGGCAAAGAUGAAUAUAAGUGCGGCCGAGGAAGAAUCGGCGCAAGAGAUUCAUAUUCCGGCUGAUAUAGAUUGGGAAAUGCUUGAUAAAUCCAAGUUUUUCUUCUUAGGUGCGGCGUUAUUUUCCGGCGUAUCGGCGACCCUUUAUCCCGUAGUUUUAGUCAAAACACGGCAGCAGGUUGCUCAAGUAAAACUUUCCGGCAUCAGAACGGCGUUUUCCAUCGUUAAACAUGGCGGUUUCCAGGGAUUAUACCGAGGUUUCGGCACUUCAUUAAUGGGAACAAUCCCAGCUCGAGCACUUUACAUGGCUGCCCUUGAAGUAACCAAAAGUAAUGUAGGGAGCACCACUGUUAAAUUAGGGUUUCCUGAACCAACGGCAGCGGCGAUAGCUAAUGCGGUCGCCGGAUUAACCGCCGCGAUGGUGGCUCAACUUGUUUGGACCCCAAUUGAUGUGGUUAGCCAAAGGCUAAUGGUUCAAAGUAGCCCAUCACAAUGUAGAUAUGUAAAUGGGAUUGAUGCCUUUAGGAAAAUAGUGAACUCACAUGGUCCAAAGGGAUUAUAUAGAGGCUUCGGUAUAUCAAUUUUAACAUAUGCACCAUCAAAUGCAGUAUGGUGGGCAUCUUACUCAGUUGCUCAAAGACUUGUUUGGGGAGGCAUUGGAUGUUACUUAAAAGGCGGCGGGGAUGAAACAAUUCGGCCUGAUUCAAAGACGGUAAUGGCGGUUCAAGGAGCGAGUGCGGCAAUGGCAGGUGGGAUAUCGGCAUUGAUCACAAUGCCGCUCGAUACUAUCAAGACCCGGUUACAGGUCUUAGACGGAGAAGAGAACCGGCUGCGCGGACCGACAAUCGGGCAAACCGUGAGGAAUUUGGUUAAAGAAGGAGGAUGGCUUGCUUGUUAUAGAGGGUUGGGACCAAGGUGGGCUUCAAUGUCAAUAUCUGCAACAACAAUGAUCACUACUUAUGAGUUUUUGAAACGAUUAUCAGCUAAGAACCAAGAGGGCUUGUUGUAAAUGAAGAUCAAUAGGCUAUGUUACUCAAAUACGGGUAAAUAUUCAAUACAGAAAAUGAAGAGUUUGAGCAAUAUAUAACCAAAAAAAAAAAAAGGAAAAACAAGUUUUUUU